AUCCGUAGAUGUAGCGACGUGUACACUACCGUUAUCCUCACACUCUCCAUUCUCCACAGCUUCACUCGCUCCAACCCCAUUCACGAGAAGGAAGAACUUUCCAUUUUCUUCCUUUCUUUUUGUUUUUUCUUCUCUUUCAGCAAUGCAGAGUUGAAUUCCUUUUUUGAUUUCAUUCAAUUCUUGCUAAUUUGUUUAUGCAUCGUCAAUAACAUGAGAUAUAUAGAUUACAACAAUUUUUUUGUUUCAUCUCUCUGAUUUCUUCUGAACUAGCUUGCAUUAAUCGUAUUGGAAACCCGAAAAAUGUGGGUUUAUCCACAUGUUCUUGAUGAGCACUUCAAUGCUAUUACGCCACCAGUUAAUCUUUCUUGACUGCACCAAGGUAUCUUGUGUUUUCAAUUUUCCUUCCUGCAAGUCAUUCCAUAAAUUUGCUGUGUUGGGUCGUAAGGGAAACGGGUUUAAUCGGCAUGUUCUUAAUGCUAAGAAGAAUGGUUAUUCGAGGAAAAGGAGUUGGUGGCAGAAGUUUUUCUUUGAUGAUGAUGGAAAUUGGCUGGGUUUGAAGGAUGAUGGUAUGUUGGAGGAUGAGUUGGAGAGUGUUGCGAGUGAUGAAGAUUUGUCUGAUGAUGAAAAAUUUGAGGCGUGGAAGAAGAGAGCUGAGGCUAUUAUAGAGUUGAAGGAAGCACAGGAAGAUGUGAGGAAUGAGCAAGGGCAGAGGUGGACUGAUUGGCUUUAUGAUGACACAAAUCAUGGUCGAACUUCAUGGAGUCAAGAUUGGGAUAAUGGUAUUGGGGAAUUGAAUGAGGAAUCGUCGGAUGCUAGUGAUUUAGUUCCUGAGAAGGGAUUUGUUGAGUCAGUUAGAGAUUUGGUUCUUGGGAAGGAAGAGGAUGACAUGCUCUAUGAAGACCGUGUAUUCCAGUAUGCCUCCUUGAAUUCGGCAAAGUUUCUCACAGCUUUAAUAAUUAUACCCUGGGCAUUGGAUUUCGUGGUUCAUGAUUACGUUCUCAUGCCCUUUCUUGAUAGGUAUGUCAAGAAAGUGCCACUGGCAGCCGAGAUGCUCGAUGUGAGAAGAAACCAGAAGCUCGAGAUGGUUGAGGAACUAAAAAUUGAGAAAGAAAGAUUCAAACUUGAGAUGGAAAUUGGAAAGUCUCCUCCUCUUUCUGAUGAAGAGCUAUGGUGGGAAUUACGGCAUAGAGCGUUAACAUUGAGAGAUGAGUGGAGAUUAGAGAACCGUAAAGCAUUUGCCAACAUAUGGUCAGACAUGGUAUUUGGGAUCUCAUUAUUCAUUCUUUUGUACUUCAACCAAAGUAAAGUAGCUUUGCUGAAAUUUACGGGUUAUAAAAUAAUAAGUAAUAUAUCAGAUACUGGGAAGGCAUUUUUAAUUAUACUAAUUACAGAUAUUUUUUUAGGGUAUCAUUCUGAGUCCGGUUGGCAGACUUUGUUAGAGAUAAUUGUUGAACACUAUGGCCUUGAGGUUGAUCAAUCUGUAAUAACCAUCUUUAUAUGCCUGGUUCCAGUUAUCAUGGAUGCAUGCGUGAAACUUUGGCUGUUUAAAUUUCUGCCAAGAUUAUCACCAAGAGUGGCGAAUUUAUUCCAGGAAAUGAAGCGCCAUUAGUUGUUUACCCAUUCAAUUUUGGAAAUUUGGGCUCAUGGUCAUUUGAGAGUACGGUAUAAUUGUAUGAACAAUGUAGUUUUCCCUUCUCUUCUAUAAUAACCUGUGUAUACUUGAGAGUAUUUGCAGCAAUAAAUUUUUCUGAUGAAGACCAGAGUUCAUGAGAUUCUCGCA